AUGAGCGUGGUGAGCACCAGGACAAGCGUUACGCAAUUAGGUAAUGGCUCGUACAGCGAGACACUUAUUCCUUCUGCACGGCCGAAGCGUUAUCACAUCCCCCGCCUGAUUCCUGUGUUGGAGAGUGGCUCGGAUGAAGCGCAUGACGUCUCGGGGGUCCUACCGCCCUUUGCCCCUCCACUUGCUGCUGUUCCUGCUGCUUCCGCUGCUUCCGGCGUGCUGGAUGAUGUCCUCGUGAAGGGGGGACACCGUGGUUCUGUUGUAAAGGUCCCACAGCGUAAUGGAUAUGCCGAGUUUGUCGUUAAAUGGAAGGGCCUGUCUGCAGAGCAGGUGGAGCAUAAUCUUCUACCGCUGAGGCUUCACUAUGGACAGCAGCUGCUUAUGCUUGAGGAACGCAGGAGACGUCGUUAUAUUUUAACUGAGGAGUUUGCGCGGCGUAUUGAGGUUGGGAUUGACAAUCGCUAUAGUGCGCCCCUCCGCGAGAGGCUGUUAAGCUGGGACGCUCUGGACAAACUUUCGCGGUGUCUGCAAGCGAUGCGUGACCGGAGCCCACAGUCUACCCGAAUGACGUCUCUGUCUACGGUACAUGAUCAGCGUGGCCUUUACGACGAUCCCCUUCAUACACGCUCUCUGCCCACCACUGUGGCCCACAGCUCCUCGUGGGCGGGAGACUCUGCAAAGGUCCACCAUGUGCUAAGUCGUACGUUCGGAGCUGCGGUGUCUGCUGUUCCACGCACGCUGGAGGAGCCUGCACGUAAUGCGGGCACCACGGAGCAGCCUGUGCGACCCGACCAUACAUUAGGAAGCAGUGAUCAAUUGACGAUGAGUACUGUUCUGAGCGUUUCUGAAGCGGUGGAGACCACGGCAAACGGAACGCCAUUCAAGAGGGAGAGCAGCCGCGGUAGCAGACUCACGACAUCACGCACUGGGAAAACCAUAGGUGCCGAUGACGAUGAUGACUCACUGAUCAGCUCCAUUGUCUCCGGCGAUUCAUCUAAGAAUGACAACAGUAAACGUGUUUCAUUGGACGAAUCGCUGUGUGCCACCUUGGCUGUGCUUAGUCCCCGUGGAGUACCGCCGCCGUGCACCCCUCCCCGCUCUGUCACGUCGUGUAGGCUAGACUCGUAG